AUGUAAAAUGUACAAAGUGAAAAUGUAGAAAUGUCAAAGGGCACAAAGUUAAAAAAAAUAUAUUUUUUUCUUAUUUAAACAAUUUACAUUCACUUCUUGAGUGCUGUAAACUAUUUUGAACUGUAAUCAUCGGCAUUUGCAAGCGCGUAAAUUGCAAUGAAAGCAACAAGGAUCGAUGAAAAUAGAAAGAAACGCAAGAAGAGCAAGUUUUACUUUUUUCUCAAUACUAUAUUGGAGGGAUGUGCGAUUUUAUUAGUUUUCUAUUGCACAUUCACUGCCAGUUGUGUGCUGGGCAAUGAAGUUAGUGGUCCCGUUUUUAUAUUCUUAUUAUUUAUCUUUUCCGCUUUCAUACCGGAUUUGUACUAUGUUCUACUUACGCCUAAACUGCAUACAUUGGGCAUUGAUCCGCUGGGUGUUAUGUUCAAUUUUAUCAUUGGUGUCAUGUGCCUCUUAAUUGGCUUAAGUCUUAUAAUGGUAAUGAUAUCAUUCUGUGGAUUUUAUGCGCAGUUCCUUUUGGUUGUUGCCGGCGCCUUCAGCGUUUGUUCAGGUGUAUUUCAUUUGAUGAAUGCCUGUAUGUGUCACAAGGCGAUACCCAAGUCGGAGCGUUAUUAUAAGCCUAAAUGUCCGAAGAAAAAGAAAGAAAAACCAGUUAAGAAAGCUAAACCUGAAAAGAAGAAACCAGAAAAGAAGCCCGAGAAAAAGCCGCAAAAGAAGCCCGAAAAAAAGCCUGAAAAGAAACCCGAAAAGAAACCCGAAAAGAAGCCUGAAAAGAAACCGAAACCAAAACCCGUGGAAAAAUGCGAUGAUAAGAAAGAGAAAAAAUAAAUUCGAGCUUUGUAAGAAAUUUGGUUUGGAUAAUUAAAAAAUAUUUAAUACAAUUUAAAAAUUAAGAACUACAUACAAAUAUUGAUGUCAAAUAAGAAUCUUUUUCCAAAAAACUGAAAUUGGGUGUGCGUUUACCACCCGAGAUA